AUGAAGUUCCAGUACAAGGAGGUCCAUCCCUUUGAGUAUAGGAAAAAGGAAGGAGAAAAGAUCCGGAAGAAAUAUCCGGGCAGGGUCCCCUUGAUUGUAGAGAAGGCUCCAAAAGCAAGGGUGCCUGAUCUGGACAAGAGGAAGUACCUAGUGCCCUCCGACCUUACCGAUGGCCAGUUCUACUUUUUAAUCCGGAAGAGAAUCCACCUGAGACCUGAGGACGCCUUAUUCUUCUUUGUCAACAACACUAUCCCUCCCACUAGUGCUACCAUGGGCCAACUAUAUGAGGACAGUCAUGAGGAAGAUGAUUUUCUGUAUGUGGCCUACAGUAAUGAGAGGGAAAUGAGUGUUUGGAAGCCCAGCAGAUGGAAGCACCUGGACUUAGGGGUAGGGGAGGGGUGUGUGUGUGACUUGGGGAAAGAGAGGGCACGAGGAGGGUGGAGGGCUUCUCCACCGCGAGGAGACAGAAGGUGA